AUGGAUUUCUCUCUAGUACAGCCGCAUAUACCAGAUGAAAUUAUGCCUCAACAAUAUAGCCCAUUACAAGAUUGGAGCUAUCCUGAUUCUGAAGGAUACAGCAGCCUUUCCCCUGCUUCUUCUACUGAUUCAAGUGGGUUUUCCCCGCCAUAUAACCAGUGCGCUUUUCCUCAAGACACAUACAGCAGUUACAACACAGUUCUUCAACAGAGAGAUGUGCUGAAAAGGCCUAGAAAGAACCUAGCAGAUAAGAGGAACCAGAGAUAUGGAAUGAUCAGUAAUCAGAGGCAAAGUGCCAGUGAAAGAGAGAAGAUGAGAAUGAGAAAUCUGUCUACAUCACUUCAACACCUCAGAAGAUACCUUCCCCCAGCAGUGGCACCAGCUGGAAAAAACCUAACCAAGAUAGAGACCCUGCGCCUAACCAUUCGCUACAUCUCACAUCUUUCUGCAGUUCUUGGUCUUGAUGAGGAGUCAAUGAUUAAGAAAAGAGAGGAAGAGAUGAGGAGUACAUGCCCUAUAUCUUUAAGCUGCUUCCAAACCAGAACUAAUGGACUAUUUACAGAGCCCAUAGCUCAUAUCCCACAGACCCAGAGUCAAUACGAACUGAACCCAUGCAAGUUAACUGCUCCUUCAAGGAUGUUACCAGAACAGAACAGCUAUGGAAUGAUGGAUAACCAUGCAGCAGUGACAUGCGUUCCUGAAUUUACAGCUCCAGUCAUGAGUGAAGAGAUGAAGACAUUUUCCAGCUGUAAACUCCAAACAACACCAAUUGCUCAAGCUACAGUAUCAAAAACCAAUGAAACUUUCACUGCAACCUCACCAAUGUCUCCAGACUUGGGCUUUUGUCAGAAUAUCAUUGAUGACAUGUGGGAUGAACUGCAAGACAAAGAUUUCUGGACAUCUUUUCCACCUAUAGAAAUUAACCAACCACACAAAUCUGCUAAUGGACAUAUUUUAUGA